CCCGUGCGCCGCCAUCUCGCUCAGAGGCUGACUCGUCUUUCUGUGCCGUACUUCUUUUCGAAUUCUUCGCCCGUAACUCUUUUCGAAUUCAUCGCCCGUACUUGUUUUCGAAUUCGUCCCCAUCUCUCUCUCUCACCCCCCCCCCCUCUCUCUCUCUCUCUCUCUCUCUCUCUCACACACACACACACACACACAUACACAUACACACGCACACAGAGACACGGACAUACGCACACGGACAGAGAGACAGAGCCAAAGAGUCACACUCGCUGCCUCCCUCCCACUACCGGUAGUAACACACUCUCGGAGGCACACGCAGAUAGGCUGCUGGGGAGACUCGGACAAACACACACACAGAGGGACACAUACAGAUAGUUACCAGCGAGCUGAACGGAACCCCAUCACUACCCUACAUUAGAUGCUUAGAUCGGUGAGGUGGCACUCCGGGGUUGUGCGACGAUGCGUGAAGCGCGACGCUUGCGACGUCGUGCGACAGCGCCCCCGGGGCAAACAGCGGCAGCAUGGCUGUAGUAGUACGGCGAAUGUUUCGACUGCAGUCACGGGUCGCCGGACUCAUGAUGGUGGUCCGAGCUGGUACUCAGUGAUGUUUUGAAUUUUCCCUCGCUCACAGACGUUGGCUACAGUAGUGUGAAUCGACGAAGCACAGAACUUGCUCUGGCGGCCAGUUACAUACUACGCGCCUGAACCAGCGAGAGAGCACUUGGGGAGUUGGGAGAGAGGGAGCUAUCUAUCUGCUCAACGCCCCCCUCGCUUCCCCGUUUUCUACGUACUCCCGGCGUGAACGAGCGAGAGAGCACGUGGCUAAGGCAAACACACGCAUUUCAGACACACACGGCGAUCGAGAGAGAGAGAGAGAGAGAGAGAGAGAGAGAGAGAGAGAGAGAUGGCGAGGAAUGCGUUCGAGAUAUACGUAAACGGCCACAAGUAUUUGACGGCAAAUAACCGAGCGGAGAAGAUCGACGACCUUAUAUGUCUUAUUGAGAGGCGAGCCAAGCGCAAUGGCCAUAUAGGAGAAGACGAUAGGAUCGAGAGGCUGCAGAUUAUGACGGCGGAUGGGUCUGACGUGGCGGAGCUUGCGGACGAUAUGACAUUAGGAGACAUUGGAUUGCUGGCCUCUGGGCGUCGGAUAAAUGCAGUUGUGUGGUCCCCACCACCACCUCCACCGCCGGCUUAUCCUGUCAUGCCGAUGCUGCCUAUGCCAACAUUCCCACCUCUUGCGCCGGGUCCGGCUGGUCCUCCUAGUCAGCAGUGUACACCAAAGAAGUCUUGGGUAGACUGGAGCUGGUGCUGGAAAAGGGAUGUUUGCCCCGCCAUUCGUGAGCAGGUGACGCAGGUGUUUCUGAAAACCCAAUUUCGGUUUCGGCACGGGGACACUCUUCACAAGCGCUUUCUCUAAAGUCGAUAACUCCAAUCGGCGAUGCUUAACUGGGUGGUUUAUUUAAGGUUAAGGUCAAGGUCAAGGUCAGAUUACACCCCACUAUAUUUAUAGUGGGGUCAGAUUACACCCCACUAUAUUUAUAGUGGGGUCAGAUUACACCCUACUAUACUGGUUAGCUACUAGUAGCAGGUGUCUGGUAGCAUGCCCGCAUGCUCGAAACACUUUUAGGGCCCUUCUAGGACCCCCCCCUUCCUCCCCUUUUUUUUUUUCUGUUUUUUGGGUUUUAGUUUUUCCCCUGUCAUCAUUUUGUAUAGCACUUCCGCGUCUCGUCGUUCUCAUGACAUCAGCCUCUAACUGAUGGCAUGAGAUUGAAGUUGACAACAACAGGUAAAUGGGAAUCUAGCCAGCCAAGCCUCUCUUCUUCACUUGCUGCGGUGUUGGUGAACAUAGACACAGGGGCUGUCUAGUUCCUUUCGGUUUCGGCAAAAAAAAUGGAACGUGUGUAUAUGUCAUGUGCCCAAGCCCUGUUGCAUUUAUCCAGUCAGCAGGGCUGACUGAAAAUCUGCACGAUAAUCGUCGGUUUGUCCUUUUUGUCCUUCUCCGGAUUCCCCUCUCUCUCCCCAUUUCCUCCUCUCUCCUCCUCUCUCCUCCCAUCUGCCUCCUCUUUUGCCUCACCUGCUGCCUUUUCCAGCGCUUCUGCGUGGGGACCCUCCGUAGCCGAUAACCGUCAUUGUUGGUUCUGGGAGGGGUUACCUACCCCUUGUGCUUUGGCACGAUGUAUCUGGUCCUAAAAACAGGUUGCGUUCUGACCCAAAACUCUUUCGAUUUAUCGAAUCCGGUCUCCGCUCCGGCAUUUGUUGUUAGGGAAUGAUGUCGGUGGCACUUUGCUGUUCGAUCGCGUGCGUCUCCUUGUGGUGUGUGGCAGUUGUGUGGCAAUUGUGUGACUUUCUGCCACAUGGCAUAACGAUAGUUCUUUUGUUCAAUUUUACGGGACUCGUGUUGUGUAUGAGUUUUUCUGUUAACGUUCGAUUAUGGGAAUGGUGUUGUAGUGUCCGUACUUUGGUAAUGGCUCGUAUAGCGGUUGCUGUGCAAAGACAGCAUCUCAUCAGUUAAUGCCGAAGCUGUUGGAGAGGUUGCUUGCUAGAAUUGGAACCAUCAUUGGGGGAUAACGGUGAAUGGAAUUUAUGUUAGGGGGUGGAUACAUGUUUGGGUGGGGGGAUCGGAAGGGUACUAGGUAGAUAGCUGAAGACAAGAUAGAUACCUGCUGAUCUUUGUUGAAGAAAAAGGAUUGCAAUCAUCAUGCGUGCUGUCGCUUCUUGGGCGGGACUGGCAGCAACCACAUC